CUCUCCUUCACCACCGGAGUCCCCAAUGGAAUCCCAGGGUCAGGAAUGUGCAGCCGGCAGAGCGCAGAGCGCAGGGAGGCGGCUGGCAAGGCCCAGGGGACCUAUAUAAAGCAGGGAGAGCCGGGGAGCCACACCUCCUGGACCAGAGCUCAGAGGAGCCUGCCCGCCGUCCUGGGGAGCAGGCCCACAGCACGAUGAUAAGCCCUUCCUUCCUGUCCUGCCUGCUCCUCCUGCUGCCGCUGGGCACCUGCUUUCCUCUGCUGGACAGAGAAGAGCCCAUGGACGCCAUCGGAGGCACAAUGAGCUGGGCCGCCCUGGCCCGGAGACACCGAGGCCACUUCCCAUGGGGCUCCUCCGAGUGGCUGCCAGGCCCCCACCCACAUGCCCUGCUCGUCACGGCCAAGGAGAUGCAGAUGUCAGGCAGAGAGCGUGCUGGCUUCCGGUUCCGGUUUGGGAGGCAGGAUGGUGGCAGUGAGGCCACUGGCUUCUUCCCGGCUGACGGUGAGAAGGCUAGUGGCCCAUUAGGGACCCUGGCUGAGGAGCUCAACGGCUACAGCAGGAAGAAAGGCGGCUUCAGCUUCCGCUUCGGCCGCCGGUGAAGGGGCCGGGGCAUCCGGGAAAGGGUGUCUCCUCGGACCCUGCGCCCCACCGCACCGGUUCCACCCCUCAGGCCUCAGAGACAGAGGUGUGGGUAUUAUUAUAAUGACUUAUUAGCAGUAGGAUUGGUUAGAUGGGUGCUUACUUUUGAUUUCCAAGUUUGCUGAAGCAAAAGGCUGGUGGUGUCAACGAGAUGACCAAAAGCGACCAUCUUGGGUAAGAAGAAAACGCCCCCCAUGGCGGUGGCCCCCCAACACCGUCACCGGUGUCUGUUCUGGCCCCCUCCCCACGGUCUGGUUCUGAUCAGCCCCUGGCUCCAGCCAUGGAACCGAGGGCACCGUUGGCCAUAAAUAUGAGCAGGCAGAGCAGGCUGUGCAGGCUCCAGGUGGCAGGUGGGCGGACUGAGGGAUUACAGUGGGGCCAUCAAAGGUUUGACGGUCUCCACGGGGACGUCUGUAGCCGACAUCCAAAGUGCAACUGUGAAUGAGUCCAUUCCACUGGGUACAGCAUAUGGUUCUGAAAGUUAAAAAUGAAAAAAACAAAAUCCUGU